AUGAUCAUAAAUUUAUUGCAUUUUAAACUGGUUUUCGGUUCAAUUUCUUUCGUAAGGAAAAAUUUCCUUUUUAAAAGUCUUGAGAUGACAAAUGAAAAAUGUGUGACAGCAAUUUUAGUUGGUGCAGGCCACAGAGGAAAUGUAUAUACCACAUAUUCUAAGAUAGAACCUGCCAAGUUUAAAAUGAGAGGAAUCAUUUCUGUGGCUGACCCCAAAAAAUAUGCACGGCAAAAAAUACAGGAUACUUACAACAUUCCGAAUGACUUUGUUUUCUCUGAUUGGAGACAAGCUGUGGCUCGGAAGAAAUUUGCAGAUUGUGUCAUUCUGACAACUCAAGAUAGGAUGCAUAAGGAACCAGCAAUUGCAUUUUCAAAUUUGGGAUAUCACAUUCUCUUGGAAAAACCAAUGUCUGUUUCAGCAGAAGAUUGUCGAGAAAUUGCAGCAGCUGCCAAAAAGAAUGGCAUAAUGAUGAUGGUGUGUCAUGUACUUAAGUAUAUGCCUCUAUCUAACCACAUCAAGUCACUCAUUGAAGAUGGAACAAUUGGGGAUAUAAUAAAUAUUCAACUUCUAGAACCAGUUGGAUUUUGGCAUUAUGCACAUUCUUUUGUUCGAGGCAACUGGCACCGUGAAGAAGACAGUUCCAAUUUCCUGCUGGCCAAAUGUUGCCAUGACAUUGACCUCAUUUGUUAUUUCAUGGGCAAACAUCGAUGUACAACAAUUUCUUCUUUUGGAAAACUUAGUCACUUUACUAAAGAGAACAAGCCUUCUAAUGCUGCUUCACGUUGCUUACACUGCCCUGCAGAUGUGGAACAAUCCUGUCCUUUUUCUGCACGCAAAAUCUACCUUGCCAAAUCUGAAAGGGGUUACAAGGGUUGGCCUCUUUCAGUCGUGGUUGAUAAUCCAGAUAUAGAAAAUCUGACUGAUGCCUUACUACAUGGACCAUAUGGAAAAUGUGUUUAUGACUUAGAUAAUAAUGUCAUGUCCCAUCAGGUUGUUAAUAUGCAGUUUGAUAAUGGAGCAACUGCAUCAUUUACAGUUGUUGCAUUUACUGAAAAAGUCUGUACUCGACAACUGAAAAUCUUUGGAACAAAAGGUGAAAUCCAAUGUAGUUAUGAUGGCCCCAUAAUUCAUUUUGAUUUUAACAGUAACCAAACACGUACAUAUCAGCCUAAGAGCAAUGACAUAACUCCUUGUGAACUUCGUGGACAUGGAGGAGCUGAUUUUUUCACAAUAAAGUCGUUUGUUGAAGCAAUUCUAGAGCAAGAUCCAGCAAAGAUAUUAACAGGAGUUGAGGAAUCCUUGGCUAGCCAUCUUGUUGUCUUUGCUGCCGAAAAAGCUCGUUUGGAAAAUAAAGUUGUCACUAUUCAUUCAGAUGGGUCAUUCUCAUAG